AUGGAAGAGAGGAUUGAUGCCAUUGAGAAAGAGAUGAAGAGGAAGGAGACCGAGAACACUGAGGAAGAGGUUGAAAAAGAGGGUAAAAACAAUGCUAAAACUGAACCUCGAGCUGAAAUUGAAGAAGAGGUUCAAAAAGAGAGUGAAGAAGAGGUUCAAAAAGAGGAAGAGCUUAAUGAAGGGAAAGAGAUUGAAGAAGAACCUGAGCAUGCUGACAAAGUUGAGAAAGAAGCUAGGAUAUACAUGGAGGAAGAGAAAAAAAGACCUAAGGUAAUGGCGGUGAGAAAACAUGCUCCUAAGAAGAGGGGUAGACCGAGAAAAGCUGAUAAACCACAUAAAUUCACAACGCCACCACCGAUAAAAAGGACUCGUACACCAUCACAGUACGUAACCAGUCCUUUCAUUGAAGCUAAUACCGACGAGGUUGAAGGGCGCAAGAAGAAGCCUAGAACAAAGGCUUAA